UGUUUCACCACUAAUCAUGGAGACAUCCUCAAAGGGUCUACUGUCCCAGCUUACUCAAUUCUGGAACCUCCUAGAUGAUUUAGCUGAAAAUGACCCUGAGUGUUAUAAGAACUUCAUUCAACAGGAACUGAAAGAGGGGAAAGAGCUCUCUGCUGGCCCAGAACCACAGCUUUGUCUACGGACCAGGAUUCUCAAACCAAAAGAAAAACUACUUUAUAUCAACCUGUGUCAGUGGAAAAGGAUCCCUGCUCCCCAGUCAGCUACUCACCCAGUACCUAUAAGUGUUGGCAGACCAGAAGAUAUCUCUGAGGCAUCAGAUGCUUAUACAGUCAUCAAUGUUGCCUACAACCCUGGAGUUCUACAGGAAGCAGAAGAGGACCAAGUGCAAAAAGAUCAGUUAAUAAGGAUGGCCAUGGAAUGCAUCGAGCAAAGAUUCGAGAUCACCCUCUCGCACUCUUACCAUAUUACCAAAUUUAAAAUGAAAGGAAGCGUUCAAAGAAUGAAGCAAAAUCUGAUGAGACUAAAGACUAGUGACUUCACAGACUUAAGAGAGAAAAUGAGGAAGGAAAAUACUCUUGGAGAAAUAAGAACCAGCGCUGUGAGCAGUCCAGAUCUCUGUCCUCAAUUGCUGCUGCCAAAAGACCAAGUUUCAGGCAAACCUCUUAUAGAGGAGCUUUCUAGCACUGAAAUCCAGGCAGACAUGAAGAUUCCAGCCUAUAAAUUAAAAAUUGUAAAGGAUCAGAAUGACAAACCUCUGAAAAUUGAAUUGAAAGUUGAAUUACCUGGUGUUAAUUCAGCCUCUCUCUGUGACCUUCAUGUUUCUGAGGAUGAUUUACUAAUCAUGGUCUCGGAGAAAUACCAAUUACACCUGAAUCUUCCAGAAUCUGUUGAUACUGAAAUGACAACAGCAAAAUUUAUCAAAGACAAAUCUACAUUAAUCAUCACAAUGCCAUUGAAAACAACAGCUUGAUGUUUUGGAUUUUUAAUUUUUAUUAUAAGCAAUUUCUUUUAUAUUUUUUCUGUAUGAGAUCAUACAAAUUACAAGGCAA